CCACGGUGAAAUAUCUGUAAACAACUAAAAUACGGCAAAAUUGUGAGGCCCUCGAGGAGCUGCGAAACGCCGCGAAGAUCAGCGAGGAGGAGGGUGACACCCCAAUGCUGUCUUACAUCCGAGAUCUAAUCGAACAGCUGAAUCGUGCUCUGCGCGAAGUCACGUUCGGCAAGGAUCGAUGCCACGACGGUAUUCUUCGAAGGUUAUCUCCGCAACGCGAAGGACCAUCCGUGGGGGACGAGGAGGCGAUAACAAGUUCGGGAAUUAGGAGAACGACGUGCAGCAAGGACAACGACGCUUUAACGUCGUCGUUCUACUCCGAUUGUCUGGAGGACGAGAUUCUCGAACGACGCGAGAUAGAAUCGAAUUCGAGUUCGAUGGACAGUGCCGUGUCCUGCAGAAGCAAGAGGACCAACUUGACGUACGUGAUCGAUUCACGUACGGACGUGUCGUGCAGAGACAAGCUCGACGGAAUGAGGAUAUGCGACGACGAACUUUUGUCACGCGAGUCGCACAUGACGUUCCAAACGUGUUGCAAAGAGUCCCGGCACUUCAUCGACGGAGACAAAGCGUCGGUCUCUUUAAAACGAGCAAUCGCGACGUGCUCCAGUAAUGUCGAAACGAGCGGCGGACAAGCUGAAUGCGAGACAUUCAGGAUUUCGAGAUCCUGCAGCGAGGACGGGCGGCGUAACGGUGACACCGUUAUUGGCAAAGUGCAGCGCAACGCUGUCGCUGGUGCAUCGCGCGAUCAUUCGUCACUAGAUGAAACGGAAAAACGGGAGAGCGAUGAGGAAUCCUUCGUUCGCGAAGCAUUUUCCAGCUCCGAAACCGUAACUAUUUGAAGCUAAACUCGCCGGAACUGCGAAAGAAGUGUUCGGAAAUUACGCUUAAUAAAUUACGACGAAAUCAUGACGAAAAAUCGAAGGAUUGUGCCGCAGCAGUAAGUCUGUUCUUUUUAACUGAACUUCUUGCACUUCAUCUCUUCGCUUUUCUUCCUCAACGUGGAAAGAUAAAGAGGAAAGAUAAACCAUGCGAGAAGUUCAGAAGGUAAAAAAACAGACCUAGUUAUAAGUACAACAAAAAAUCUUGAAUUUUUCCACUUCUUUUCUAAUGAAAUCUUUGAUUGUAAGAUUUAUUGAUCGCGAAAUAGAGAUUAACUGCAAUGAUAUAAUGAAAUGUAUAAUAUAAUAUAAUAAUAAAUUGAUGA